UAUACAAUUGACUGGGACGGAGGGAGUACAUAUUUCAACAGGAAAACCCAAAUCAAUAAUCUGAAUUGUAAUAACAAGGGUGGAUUAUAAUGGUGAUUGCUAAUUCCAAAAGAUAACUGCGAUGAAUCUCCACCGUCGAUCGACACUACCAGGCACGUCGCUCUCUCCGGCGGUGGCGGCGAAGGCAAGAGUGGGAUACCUAAUGCUAUUCUCGAUUCUCAGUUCUAUGUCGAUUCCAAUUCUGUCUCUGAUCAGCCUGUUGCAAAGCUUGGUACUUGGACCGAUCUACAUUAUAGAAUGGCUGUCCACCCUGGUGGAGAAGGCCUUAUAUGCUCAAUGCCCCAAAGCUGCGGGUUAUAACCACUUCACAAAAGCACGUAAUACUCAACUAAUUUCUCUCAAACUGCCUCACACGACUAUUAUCUUAUCAUCGGUUUAAAUUUCGAACUCCUUGAUUCGUGGAGCGGUGAUUCAGAAACUUCCUCUCUCACCGUCGGUUGCGGCACAGUCCGAGUUUCAAAUUUUUGAUUGUCGUUGAUCAACAGGUGGUGAUUAUUCUGAGAAAUUUCCAUGAAAGAAACGAACUCCGCUUGGUCCUCGCUCUUCUUCAUCUUAUAAACAUGAAUCGAAGCAUCGAGUAGCCAAUAUUAGUGACACUGGUAUGGCUUCCCCAUUGAUCACUCCUGCAUAAUGCGAUUGGGACUGCAGUUGCCUACAAUUGAAGUUAGAUUUGAGAAUCUGCAUGUCGAAGCAGAAGCUUUUGUAGGGAGCAGAGCUUUGCCUUCUUUUACCAACUUCAAUCUUGUGACAUUGGAGGGGCUGUUAAGUAUUUUCCAUAUAUUUCCAAACAAGAAGAUUUUAACCAUCUUAGAAGAUGUUAGCGGAAUCCUUAAGCCUUGCAAGCCUUGCAGGAUGACAUUACUUUUGGGUCCUCCCAGUUCAGGGAAGACCACACUGAUGCUUGCAUUGGCUGGGAAGCUAGAUCCGUCCCUUAAGACCUCUGGAAGCGUGACUUACAAAGGCCACAGCAUGCAAGAGUUUGUUCCUCAAAGAUCGGCUGCCUAUAUCAGCCAAUACGAUCGCCAUAUAGGAGAAAUGACCGUGAGAGAAACCUUGGCUUUCUCUGAAAGAUGCCAGGGGGUAGGAUCACGCUAUGAAAUGUUGGCAGAGCUGGCAAGAAGAGAGAAAGACGCAAAUAUUAAACCUGAUCUUGAUGUUGACAUCUUUAUGAAGAUUCGGACGGAAGAGGACAGUGCUUGGACCUUAAUGAGGAAAGAAAGGGAUGGAAGGAGAAGAAACAUGGCAUCUUUGGCUUUGCCGUUGUUAGCAUUCGACAAUAUUUCAGGUAUGGAGUUUUUAAUUCACAUCUUUCUCUUCUCUUUUUGUUCAUUUAUUUUUAUCUUUAUGCUCAACUUAUUAGCAUUCUUAUUGUUCAACUUUUUAGCAUUCUAAUAUGAGGCAAAUUAAUGAAAUUGAUAUUGUCAUUUGUUGUCCGUAAUGAAUAUUAGUUUGGCUAAUAUUCAUUUGUUUCGGUCCAGGCUCUUAUUAAAAUCCAAUUUGAAUGCUUGACGAUAAGACCAAGCUAGAUGCCCAGUGAGAAUUUUUUAUCCUAAUUAUUUCGAACAAGAGCAAAAAUACCUUGGCAAUUAUUCAUAGUGGAAUUGGAAUGACUAAAGCUCGUAUGUAAUAGUCAUUCUGAGCAGUGGGUGGAUAUUUAACAAUAUACUGUUUGUGUAAGUGGUUAACUACAUCAUUAUGUGAAUUUUGAAUUUCAGAUUCGGUUAACAACUUGGGUACCUUGCAGGGUCUGGUACCAAAGAGUCAUGAAAACUCUUGCUGCUGGUAUUGAUAUAAUUAUAAGUUCAUGGAAAUUCUUUGAUUUAGCUAGCAAGCAGGUACCUCUCUUCAUUUUGAUGUUCCCAUGGUACUUGCUAUGCCAAUAAAACAUGCCUGAUACAAAAUGUACUAGCCUACACAAACAAAUUGUCCCUUCCUAUAGAUUUACUGUAAUUUUUUGGUAUAGUAAUUCCUGUAGACUUGCAGCUUGACACAUUUAAAGUUUACAGGACACAAAGCUACUUGACCUGACUGUAAUUAUCAUUCUGGCUCCCACUGCUUCAUUUCCACAUCUGGCUGCAGAAGACAGAGCUGCAACAUAUGGAGCUGACUCUUAUCUCACUAAAACAAAAGAUGUAUUUAGUAGCAUUGUUGAAAAGGGUUAUGUUCUAGGUAAAGCAUUAGCUGUUCGAACUUCCGACAAAGUUCAAAAAGUGGAUCAAAACUAUCAAGUCUCCCAGAAAAUUAAAUCGGCAGUUGCCAAAUCUGUUGUAUUCAGUAACAAGUAUGUAUCCAUAGGGGCUUCAUGGGUGACGGUCACAUUUAAUUCAAUUGCCAAGGCUGCUGCAGAGGUUACAGGUUAGCCAACAUGCUAAGGAGAAAGUGGCACUUGCCGAAGAGGAACAUAGAAGAAAAACAACUGGUAAAGAGGAACAGGGAAGAAAAACCAUGUAGUACUCUUUUGAAUUAUGCUUUCAACCCCUACAUAGGCUCAUAUAGAAUCUAGCAAUUUCUAUCCAUUCUCCCCUGCCAAUGUAUAAGGCAACUGGUAAGGUUAAUCACUUUGUAUUUUUUUUUUAAAGUUGCUUAGGACUAUUUCUUGACAGAGUUCUAUUAUUUAUAAUUACUUUUGAUUUUGCUGA